AUGCUUUCCGAACGGCCAACCCGAGCGAACGUGCAACGAUCGAAGGGCGGCAUCAGCUGUAUAAACACGUACGGAGUGUCCUUCUUCAGCUUAGACGUAGUCGCCGUUGGCCGGCCGGACCAGCAGGAGGACGUCCCCGCCGUCGUCCGUGUCGGCGGGUAUCUUCGAGCGUUUCGUUGUACACCGACCAUUUGCCUCGUCGCCUCUCUUUCAAGUCUUACCGCUGUUGCUACGUGGCGUCGGUCUCGUCAAUCGUCGUUCGUUGAGUGA